CGCGCAGCGGCGUCACGGUGUUUCCGUCCCGCCCAGUGGAGCUCCUCUCCUCGGGCCGCUGAUCCUCCAGACCAGCCUCCUCCUCCUCCUCCUCCUCUUCCUCCUCCUCCUUGUCUUCCUCCUCUCCGUCCUCCUCCUGUCCGGGUCACAGCAGCCCUCGGCCGCGCUCGGAAGGCGGCUCCUCCUCUCUGGAUGCUCCGGAGCUGCGGUUCGUCCUGCGCCGUUUGGAGCUGGUUCUGAGCAGACAGGACGACAGGUUCUCUACAGACAUGCAGAAGGUGGAGGGUCGGCUCACUCCGGUCAACCUGCCCUCCUCCAGGGGUCCCAGCACCCCGGGGUCUCCAGCCACCGGCAUCACGGCCCGGGUCAACGACCAGCUGGUGGGCUACAGGGACCUGGCAGCGCUGCCCCGAGAUAAAGCCAUCCUCCAGGUGGAGAGACCCGACCUGAUGACCUACCAGCCUCACCUGAGCUUCCCCCUGGACCCGCCCCGCAGAGAGCGUUCUCUGUCUCCUCCAUCCACAUCUCCAACCAUGUCUCCUGAGGUGAAGGGACGUCGAGCAGAAAGUGAGAGUGGAUCUCCUGGAGGAUCAACGCUGCAGCUCCACGCUGAACGCAAGAUCAGCACCAGCCUGCAGCACUUCCACCGACCUGACAAUGGGACCAACAUCUACCGGAAACCUCCCAUCUAUAGACAGGAUGUUGGGAAACACCUGGAGGGCAGUGGAGUCAUUCGCUCGGCCAAGUUUCCAGCAGCUCAGCCUCCAGACCCAAACCAGCCCUCCAAGAUCGAGACCGAGUACUGGCCCUGCCCGCCGUCGCUGGCCGCCAUGGAGAUCGAAUGGAGGAAGAAGAAGCUGCAGGAGGAAGACGAGUUCGAAGAUCUGACAGAAGAAGCCAAAACACUGCAGGAGCAGGAGCUGGAGAAGAUCAAGUCCAACCUGGGCCGACUGAUCCUGAAGGAGGAGAAGGAGAAAGGAGUCCAGUUCAGGAGGAAGACCCAGUCCCUGCCAGACAGAACGCACAUGCACGGAAGUUUGUCGGCGAAUGCGUCCAAAUCUCCGUCACGCUCCGGUCUGACCAGAAUGCAGUCAGCAGAGUUUUCCACAGACAGAGAAAAAAACCAACCAGCUGCCCAGAACGGAGAAUCUCGACGGGAGCGAAUGGAUCGAGGAAACUCUCUGCCGAGUAUUCUGGAGCAGAAGAUUUAUCCCUAUGAAGCUCUGAUAGUGACACACAGGGGGCGCUGCAAGCUGCCACCUGGAGUCGACCGAACCCGGCUAGAGAGGCACCUGUCUCCGGAGGACUUCCUGCAGGUGUUCGGGAUGCCGAUGGCCGAGUUCGACCGCCUGUCGCUAUGGAGACGAAACGAGCUGAAGAAGAAGGCGUCGCUUUUCUAACGGGACCGAAGCUCGUCCUGAAAAAUACUUGACGAAAGGAGCAAAGACAGGAAGUGACAUCAGAUAUCAUGUCAUCCAUCAACUAACCAAUCACGGAUCGGACGGAGCGUUUCCUGAAGGCGGGUCUUGAUUAACCCUUUACUGACUAACCUGAGCGACGCACUGACACUCAUAGCACCUGUGCCGCACUUAUAACCACCACUGCUUGCUAAUUAGCGUUAGCCUCCAUCAUCCUCAUCUUCAUCAGACAUUUAGCUUUUAGUUUCAGUUAAACCUCCAGACGUGGCAUCAUGAUGGGAUCAGAAGGUUCCUCUGAGCUUAACUCAGGUUUUCUGAAGCUGGUUCACCUUUAGCCCGGUCGCCAUGGUAACCGAGGCUACAACGCUAACCGACCACCAACAUGUAUGGGUAGUGAUAAUAGCUGAGUUUAGCCUGAAAGACGUUCUGCAGAACAAAGGUUUCAGUCUCCAUAAGACCCAGAAGUUCCUUCAGUGGAAAACUCCAACAGAUUCCUGAAGCUUCGAUCAAAAAGUUCCAGGACUGAGGCUAAAAAAUGUUAAAUUUGUCCGUCAGAGUCUUUGUGCUGCUCUGCUCCCAGAGACAAGAACAAGACUAUGGACACAACAUCACAACUACAACACAAUAAACAAGUACCAAGAAAAACAUGGCUUCAAAGAUGCAAAACACAACCACAAAGAGACACAAAUGGUCACAAAGAGACACAAAAAAGACUCAAAGAGACAAAAAUGAACACAAAGAGACACAAAACAGCCACAAAAAGACAUAAAACAACCACAAAUUCACCACAGGGACAGAGCUCCUGUUGAAGACACUCAGAGGAAUUUCAGCUGGAAGAAGAACUUUUAGGAAGAUAAAUCAGGGAGGCAGGGCGACGGUUGAAAACUAAAAAACGAGGCGUUUGGUGAAUCAGAGCAGCUGCAUGUAGAGACGUUAUUGAUCAACUCUUAACUGAUGAAUUAGCUUAUGAAAUGGAAAUAUAUUCACCAAUCAGAUGGAGGACGGUCGAUGUACACGUCAGUAAACGUAGAUCAGCUGUAGUUCCUGCUUGUUCCACCAGGGGGAGCUUUUAACCGUCUGUCAGCUGUUUAACCGUCAAACGGGCACCAAGACAAAGAUUUCUGUUCCAGUUAAUGACGUCAAACAUCCACAGAAUGGAUUAAAACGUACAAAGCUCUCAGGGCGGAUCGGACCAAAAUAAAUAAAAAUAGACGGAGUUUUACUAACAUGGAGAGGAAAGCUAAACGUAGAGUUAAAAUAAAUAGAAUGAAUUAAAUAGAAGCAUGAUGGAUGUAUCUGAAUGUAAAUUAGGAUUAUUAGAGGAAAGUUGUUGUUUAGUCGAGCUAACGUGAAUAUUUAGUUUUUAGAUUUUUAUCGGCUUUGGAAUGAUUUUAAUUAUUUCAACGACUUGUAAAAUCACAUUUCAGAAAAUAAGACUGAACUUUUUAGACAUUUUCAGACUCUGAUUAUUAAAUAUUUAGAAUAAUUUAAUUAAAAUAAUAAUAAUUCAAUAUUUUACCAAAUAGUGUUUGAUGUUUCCUUUUUAAUUAUUUACCUAUUAUUUUUAGACUUAUUUUUUAUUUAACAUUUUUAGAAUAAUUAUUAAUACAUUUAGAGUGAUUUAAUAUUAUAAUAAUAAUAAUAAUUUCAUAAUAAUUUACCAAAUUGUCUUUGACACUUUCUUUUGAAUAAUUUCUCUAUUAUUUUUCUGACUUUUUUAAUAAUUAUUUUCUGACUCUCUGCUAAUUUAUUUUGGUGUAGAAUUUUUCUUAAAUUUUCCUUGUAGUUUAUUCAUAAUUUUUGGACAUUUUAUUAUUAUUUAAUAAUAUUUUACCAAAGAGUUUUUGACGAUUUCUUUUAGAAUAUUUCUCUGUUUUUUUUUUAACUUAUUUACCUUAUUUUUAAUUUUUAUGUUCAGCUUCUCUGUUGUUUAUUUUGAUAUUUUAUUUUUUUAAAGUUUAUUAAUAAUUUUUUAGGACAUAUUAAAAAUGUUUUAUUAAUACUUUUAGGAUAUUUACUUCAUAUUUUCCACACAUUUGAUUAUUACCAUUUAUUUUUAUGACAUUACGUUUGUUUAAUUAAUCCUUUCAGGACAUUUUUCUGAUAUUUUAUUCAUUUUUUUAAAUGUUAUUAUUGUGUCGUUUUGUUUUACUUUUUAUUGUCGUGACUAAAAUAAUUCAGAAAAAUAAACUAAUAAAAAUACUUAAAUAUUUACAUUCCAGUGACGUCAGGAGGGAAAAAAGUGACGUUUUCCUCCUGAAGUCUCAGAGUUUAGGAGAUAAAUUUCAUAAAAAUGCCAAUAAAAAUAAAGCAGAACUAUGUAGACUUUUUAUUGUUUUAUUAGAAGAGAAUAACUUUUCCUGCUGGUUGUAGUUCCCUCUGUGCUCCAGCAGAGGGCGCCGUCAGCUCCUCUAUCAGCCGCAGAUCAGAGAAAAUGGAGGAAUAAAGAGCAGAAUUAAAGAGCAGAAGAAGAACGAAGCAUCAUGAUGAAACUCUGAUCCUCGUCUGGAGGUUUGAACUCCAACAGCUGAUUGUAGUUUUCUAUUUAUCGUGCUUUUUUAGCUUUUAUUUAUGACGAUUGUAUUUUUACUGCCACAAGUGUCACAUUUGUUGCUGUAAUGUUUGGAAACCUUGUUUGUUGUAAAGUUUUUAUUUAUUUUAACGAGCACCGCUGCUGGUUUUCUGGCUUUUUAAAGGUUCUUCUGGAAACAUCUUCAUCCCUCCAGACAUUAAAAGAAUAAAACUCAGAAACUUCA